UUUACUCCUAAGGUGCAAGAAUUGCCGAACAAACCAUCCACAUCUAGUACAAAGUCGACCGAUGCAAAUAAACUGCCUGUGGAAGUUACUCCCAGUAGCCCUGCACCGGUUAUGAAACAGGACUCUUCGCGCCAAGAAGGACUCAUGUUGAAUAUUCUUGAAGCAAUUGAACCACAGUCUUCCAAAGCAGCUGACACGGUGUGUAAGAGUAACGCUGACCGAUUGCUAAACGGCAAAAAUCUGCAGUCUUCGCGGCCCAAUCGUUACAAACGUAGACUAAGUCCAUCCACGUCAGAACCCCGAGCGAAACACAGUGCUUCAGGCAUGCGAUCUAACCAGAACUCGAGAACAUCAAAUUUUACUCGACAACCUAAUCACGGUUCAAAACCGACCUGUUUCUCAUCACCAUCUAAUCAAAGUUCGAGGCCGACGGUUUUCACUCCACAACCUGACCAGGCUAAGAACACAACUGUUUUGUCUCAGCAACAUGUAAAACCCAUGGAACCAGGAGCUGAAGGUGAAGUAAAAAACAUGCAGGAAGCUCUGGUUAUCUCUCAAGAACUUGAAGUUCUCCGACAGAAACAGAUCGAAUUGGAAUCUCAGCUGAAUACCAUACAGACUCAGUUAAAUGAGUUUGAUAUUGGACGGCUUUUCUACCGCCCGGUUCCGUGCCAAGUGUGUAUGGUGUUCACCGUUGAUCUGUUCUCACCGCAAAGUGAAUUUUCUCGAGUACGUCUUGUACGCUCGGAAUCCGAUGAAGAUGACAACUGUUCUAAUGUAUCAACCAGUGUACCAGAGCAACCGAGCCACUCUCGCAGACCACUGAUCAGUACCAAUGCCCCCACAAUUGCACCAGUGAAUCUGACUCAAGCAUUUUCGACCAUACCCCCCGUCCACGCAUCACAACAGUGGCCUACCAGCGUUUUCCCAUUAGUAAAUCCACCUGAGCACCAGAAACAUGCUCCAAUCCCUAACUCGGCCAUGAAUUCAACCAUAUCUUUUGCCACACCUCCUUCCACCAGUCUCAUUCAAACGAGAACGAAGAAUCCUUCAUCCACAUUGACACCAACGAUGAAUCACAAUCCGCUUAUUCAUCCAGCACGGCAGUCUGAAACCCAUCACCCAUCACAAACCAAAGUGGUCCCACCGAUACCCUCAGCACCCACAUCUGGUUCGGAAACCGCGACAAUCCCGAAUUCUACUCACCCAUCGAGCGUUCCCAAUUUGUUUAGUCGGCCGACAUCGGAUGUCCCGGGUGGACCUCCCGGAGUUGAUUUGGAACGAUUAGCAUUGAUUCGUCAAGCGUUGCAAUCACCGGAUAGCUGGCAGUUCACAUUUGAAGACGUGGACCGCAUGCUACAACAAGCAGCAGCUAAGGCCAGCGCAAAGCAACAAGCACAGACCGAUAAUUGCACCACAGGCCUUCAACUCCCGACUGUACAGUCAAAUGAACCGACUCGAUUGAUCACCUCUAAUCCCGCAACCUCUACUUCCCAAAGUCCUGUUCAUAGGCCCCCUAUUUGUGUAAAAGGCGAGCCAAUUGUGAACACGAACCCGCCUGCUUCAGCUUGUACCACGCUUUCAGUUCCUCCAGAUCAUCCUAUCCUCAAACCGACUGAACCGUGCACCUCCUCAUCUUCCUCGUUCGACUCUUCUGAGGAUGAACUUCCUACUCAUCGUCCUGCUCAACCAAAGGUGAAAAGAUUAGUUAAACCGGAUCCGACACAUGCUCAUUCCACGCUUAAAGAUGCACCAGGACCUACCACAAAUCAUCCUUUGUCACGUAGCUCCUCAAAUCCUCCACCGGAAAUGCCUACCAUCACUAAAGACUUGGUUAAAUACGGCGAAUUUCAUGCAUUUGAUGGACAAACAACCGCGGUGAUUGAUAUGGUUGUACAUCCUUCAUCGUGGAGCAUUUUUAUCGGUGGCCAGAGUGGUGCUGUGGCCCAGUUUGAUCUGAAGACACACGUGUGCAUUCGACGAAUAGCUACUAAAGAUGCCAGCGUCACUCAAAUGGCUCUUGAACCUUCUGAACGUUCGUUGUUUGUUGGCUACUAUGACAACUGUUUAGCAGAAUUCGAUACUCGGACGGGUGCUUUGCUGUUUGAAAAAUACUUCGCGCAGCGUAUCGUAGCGAUAGCCGUGCCUCCUCUGCGUGAUGUCUCUUUCCUCUAUUUCGGUAUGUCCAACGGGGAUAUCUUGCGACACGAUAUCGGGUCGCGUUCUGUGAGCGUUCUUUACGACCGAUCUCUAAACUGUUCGGAUUCAAAUGGCCAAGCUCAUCCCACGGUUGGAAUCAGCUCAAUGGCUAUUGUGCAAUCGGGCGCUCGUUUGUUGUUGAUAGUCGGUGAUCAGGAACGUAACUUGAUCAUACACGCCGCAUCAGACGGUUCGACGAUAUCCGUCGUGCGUUCCGCUCCUCACAAAGGACCUCCUCAAGGGAUUAAAAGGCUCCCGUUUGGUAGCCUGUUCUGCGCCUAUUCGGAGCGAGCUGUUCGCGUUCACAAUUGGAGAACCGGCACUGGUGUGAUGACGUUGCAGACGUCGAAAGUGACCAGCUCUUGUGUUACAGAGCGGUACCUGGCACUGGGUGAUUCCGAAGGCACACAUAAUGGCUUGCCUCAUGGUCGUCCGAUGAAAGUGUACUUUGCAACAAGCCGUGCCGCAAUCACCUCGUUAGUGGGCUGUGGGGAAGCACUUAUCGCUGGCAGUCUUGAUGGCACAGUGACGACAAUAUGGGUGAAUGAGCCCGCCAAUAACCACAUUUGUCUGGUAUGUUCCGUUGCUUCUACUCCCAAUAAUGCUGUCUAUACGCGACGCACGUAUGAUAACUUUUGA